AGCAUAAAGUUUCUGAUUUAUCUAGUAAUACGAUUGAUGAAAAAGCUUUAUUUUUAGAAACGUCAGCCCAUAAUCAAUCUGCUGGUCUUGUCCAAGAUAGAUGCCAUGUUGAUACUACUAUUAGUGUACUUUUAUUUGCAAAUGCACCAUGGCUAAAACAU